AUGUCUGAUCAACAUAAAGGAAAAUUAAUUUUAAAUAUGAAAAGUGAACUGCCAGCUCUAUUUCCUUCAACAACUAUUUAUAAUUCUCAAACUUGUCAUAUUUUAAGUGGAGGAACAGGAGCAUUAGCUCUUCAAUUAGUUCAACAUCUCAAUGCUCAUGGAGCUAAACGUUUUCUCUUAUUAUCUCGUCAAGGUUCAAAUGGUUUAAGAUCGUCCGAUGCGACUAUGCUUACUGAUCUUCAACGUUUUGGAAUUGAAAUCUGUAUUGAAAAAUGUGAUGUAGCUAAAUUAGAAGAUAUUCAAAAUGUUUUACAUACAGCACAAAUGAAAUUCAAUGUUUCUUCAUUGAAAUAUAGUCUUCUUCAUUUAGCUAUAGUUCUUGAUGAUGCACCGAUUUCGAAAUUAAAUAUUCAACGGAUAGAAAAUGUUCUUCAAUGUAAAGUUACCGGUGCAAUGAAUUUUCUUCAGUUAAUUCCUGGUGAACAAUUAGAAAAUGUGAUAUUUUUUUCUCGUGCUGCUUCAACCUUUGAAAAUCCAUCUCAAGCAAACUAUAGUAAAGCAAAUAUAUUUCUUGAUAAUUAUGCUAAUCAACUUUCUAAAUUAUGA